AAAAGUAGCAAGAUCUACAAAGGAAAACGAAAUUCACCAACAUUUUGAAAAGGCAAACAAGAAACAAUCAGUAAAAAAUUUUAAAAUUUUUAAAUUUAACAGAAAAAAAAAGAAUUACAAUUGGGAAAAUAUCCAUGCAGAAACAAUAGGAAAGGAAUGUGUGCGUAAUGGACUGAUGCAUCGUGUAAUAUGUGUGCUAUGCAGCUUGGUGUCAACAAUAGCCCGACAAUGCACACAAUACAUUGCAUAUGCACUGUUCUGCUCGCCGCCGACUCACCACCACCCCAUCCGUUCACCACUGGUCUACUCCCCUAUCCUGCGAUACUGCCAGGGCAGCAUGCCCACGCUUGGGCGCGCAGUCUGGUUUGCCAUUCUUUGACUUCUCCCGGCGAUGCGCCGCAUCCAGCUGGUAUACCGCUACUGCGGCUGCCAGAGGGUAGACCAGGGGUGCGGACAGGAAAUCCGAUCUUCACCCCCUCUCCCGAUUUGGGGGCCGGCCGCGCUGGGAAAACGUUUCCAUGCAUAACUUGCGCGCUGCUGAUGGUUUAGACCGUGUGCAUGCACAUGCACAUGCAUGCUGCUAAAUAGGAAUUGUAGGUGAAAACAGCCCGAACAAUAAACUAAGUGCAGGCUUGUGUCAUGAACCACAAAACUAUAAUAAAA